AUGUCGGAUCCCCCCCAAUCCCCUUCGAAGGAGGUCGAGGCAGGUGUACAAUCACCCGACGAUGAAGCACAAAUGAACGACCCUCAAGACCCACACAGCGGCCUCGGCUACGAGUUUGAAGUGAAGGAGCAGGAUAGAUGGCUGCCCAUAGCCAAUGGUGAGCAAGAUUCCCUUCUUCAUCUGCCCUCUGAUUUGCGCGCAUUGUUUGUUUGGUGUCGAUGUCUUGCUGUAAGCUACGGAGUCCCUGACGACUGCUGUGGACAACCGCGCAUAAGCACAUUAUCCAUGUCGAACGAUUCGUCGUCUCAGUCGCCGGAAGCGCCUCGCGCCACAUCCAAAGCGGAAAAGUAUGAUGUGUACGAUGCUAAUAUUCGCAACUUUGCACCAGUCGCCCGUAUCAUGAAGCUCGCUCUUCCAGAGAAUGCCAAAAUCGCAAAGGAGGCCAAGGAGUGCAUGCAGGAGUGCGUGAGCGAAUUCAUCAGUUUCAUUACGAGUGAAGCAUCCGAGAAGUGCCACCAGGAGAAGAGAAAGACUGUCAAUGGCGAGGAUAUUCUGUUUGCAAUGACGUCUCUUGGUUUCGAGAACUACUCCGAGGCCCUGAAGAUCUAUUUGUCCAAAUACAGAGAACAGUCUCAGUCAAACAGGGGCGAGAACCAACAGAACCGCCCAGGUAGCCAAGGGUACGGAGCUGGGGCUCCUGGUGGGUCUGCUGCUGCCGGAGCCCCGGGUUUCCAAGGCGCCGAGUCGGUCGAGGGAGGUGAUGGCUAUAUGUACAGCCAGGGUCACAACGGGUCGGCCGGAGAAGGUUACUAG